CCGUACAGCCGUCGACUUUGUGAUUGAUACAUGUGCUGUCUUCGGGGUCUGAAUUCAUGUGCUGAUCACCGAGAUUCAAACCUGACAAUAAUGACUUACACUCUCUUCUAGAAACCUGAAACCGCUCACAAAGCUGCAACUUCCUUAAGACCCUAGGACGUGCCAACUGUACGCGUUGAUCUACAUACUUGGUUUGUGUCUGCAGUGUGUAUAUACCCAUCGAUCUCUCUCGACGUAGUGGCUGUUAAUGAUGGCAGCAUUGUCAAAUGAGAAUCAUCAAUCUUCCACCGAGUUCAUUUCUGUUGUUGUGUUUUACUCGAGUUGCCGUUGACCAAGCACAACUCUUGCAGUCCCCUAACUAAUGUGGUAUAUUAGGAAAGCCUUACCGUGUUAUUGAAUGUAGCACUGCGAUCAUGACGAGGACUCGCUCUUGCUCUUGAAGUCCUAACAAUAGCUCAGACAUGAGAAGGCGCCACUUGGUGCACGUCAUGAGACUGCGCUUCCCGAGAUGUCUUUCAUUUGUAUUGUCUACUUCUUCUACGCCAUCCGCCCGUUACCCCUUCUUCAAGUUUGCAAAAAAGAAAAUCACAGCAGCCCAGCAACCAUUCCCUUUCUUGACGGAUUUUACUCUCGCUUUGCUUCAGUCAACCUGGCACAGUGACUGCUUGAAGCACGGCAGAAACUUAUCAAGAGAACGGACACCAACCUGCUGGUGAUGAUGCCGAUUUCAUGAUGGCUGACCAACCCUUUGGAGAUGGAGGGAGAGGUUCAGGCGUGGAACUCAGCAGCGGCGAUGAAUCUGGCUUUGAGGAGUCAGCUCGCUCCUCAGUGUUCGAGUUUCGUGAAGAGAACGGACGGACAUAUCACGGAGUCAAGGAUGGCGCGUACCUUCUUCCAAAUGACUGGGCAGAACAAGACCGAUUAGAGAUCCUGCACCAACUCUUCACUAAGCUGCUCGAGGGCAAAUUAUACCUUGCACCCAUAUCUCACGAUUUGCACCAAGUUCUUGACGUCGGGACUGGCACAGGGGCCUGGGCCAUAGAUUUCGGUGAUCAAUUCGCUUCUGCCAAUGUACAAGGUAUCGACCUAUCGCCCAUACAACCAACUAGCGUUCCUCCCAAUGUCAUUUUUUACGUUGAGGAUGCCGAGGGUGAUCAUUGGUCUUACAAAACGAAAUUCGACCUCAUCCAUUGCCGCGCGUUGUGUGGAGUUUUCGCAAAUUGGCCAAAGUUCUAUGCGCAGGCAUACAAAAAUCUCCAGCCUGGAGGUUAUAUGGAGACGCAAGACUAUGCAUGCCAGAUCUACAGCAAUUCCAACAACAUGGGUAUGGCCCCCAAUUGUGCAAAAUGGAUGCAGGAGCUUGAAUCGGCAAGUACAGAACAUGGGAAAACAUUGAACAUCGCACACAAGCACAGAAAAUGGAUGAUCGAUGCUGGGUUCGAAGAUGUUACAGAGACCAUUCGAAAUGUGUGCUCUUAUUCUUGCCCAUUAAAGUGAUUCUAACACACGAAAGGUACCUAUCGGGGAAUGGACCGAAAAUUCGGAUCUCCACGAGAUCGGACAGCUCCUGAGAUCGCAAAUGAAAUUGGCCACAACAUCCUUUGUAUGUGAAGCUAGCUACACAAAUCUAGAGUAUCUUACGGACUUCUUCAAAAGUUUCUGACAUUUUUCUACAGACGCUGGCGCAUUAUAGCAGGAUUCUCAAGUACAAUAUCGAAAGCAUCCAUGUUUUCAUGGCCUAUGUGAAUAAGGAGCUGUCCGAUGACGCCUUGCAAUUGUACAUGAGGUUCCAUUUUGUUUACGGACGAAAGCCGAUGGGUCUGCAACCAGAAAAUCAAAUGCAGCAAGAUUGAGAUACCACACUGCUGGACAUGAGUAUCAGUAUUUGUCUGGUGUGGCAAUUCCGAGCAGUGCGGAGCUCCUGCAGGGGAGGGAAUGUCGCUGCACUUGAGAUGGAUUAAUUACUCUGUGGAACUAUCUGCAGACAGGAAGAGGGAUCCAGUCUCUCCCACGAAGUCCAGUGUUCGACUACCACUGAUAUCUUAGAUUACUCCUAGCAGUUUACGCGUUGACAUAGCCUCGUACAGAGCGAUGUGUCUGCUCUCCUCGAGCAUCGAAGGAUAGGUACAUGUAUCAGGCUUGCACAAUAUGGAUUAACCAACAUGCCACUGUUGAGAAUUUAUCUGUAACUCAAGGCUUUCCAUAUUUCGAUCUUCGUUUGCAGGUCAUAUUCCAAGUUUCGAGGAGAAGUUUGUCCGGACACACUCAGG